GGGGGUCGCACGGGGUCGCACUUGCAACCCCUGAAAAUAUCAUAGGGUCGCAAGAGUAUCUUUUUGCGACUCCAAAAAAUUACGAUUUCAAUUAUCAAAAAAUUGAAAUAUCAAUAUAAUAAUAAACUAACUAAUUUAUAUUUUGAGAACCAAUGUUUAACGUUGUCUUGAAGCACUGGAAUUAUUAUUAUACUAUAUCCUUUCCACAUUUAUUUAUAGUUUUGUUAUUAAUAAUUUUCUAUUAUUAUACCAAUAUGUAUAUUUAUUGUGAUCGGCCGACUCGAGUCUCAAUGGUAGCUGAUAAUGAAAACGUGUUUCAUAGUUUAAAAUUACUAUUUGUUUGUUUUAUUCAUGAAUUUAAUUUUUACACUUGUUAUUUCUUAUUCGUGAUCGACUUAAAAUUAAGUACUUACUACAAUGGACAAAUUUCUUAUAAAAGUAUCGAAGUCAAAAAAAAAUACUAAUGCUGAGAAAAAUGUUAACUUACCUGAAGAAAACCACCUUUCCCCAGAAAAAAGAUCAAAAAUGGAUAUUCUACCAAAUACCAAGGACAUAAAUCAAAUUCAGAAUGCUAUAUCUAGCCAUGUAGGUACAUCAAAGUCAGAUCAAACUACAAAUACACUAUUGAUAAGUGACAAUCUUAAUCGAGAUCCUGGUCAUAAGAAUACAAAUGCUUUAAUUUUAUUUUCAAGUGGGUUUGGACCGUAUCAACCAAAUAACAUUAUAUUUCCACAGCAUUUAGGAAGAAAAUUUCGAACAGAGUGGUAUACUUCUUUUCCUUGGAUAGAAUAUAGUCCUAGCAGUAACUCUGCAUAUUGUUUUUACUGUCGUGUUUUUCCAUCUAAAACAUCAGAUCCAACUUUUGUUAGUGUUGGAUUCAAGCAAUGGUCAAAAGCUAGUUUCAAGUCUUUUCCUCAGCAUGAAAAAUCAUUUGGACACAAAGAAGCUAGUGCCAAAUUAGCUGGUUAUAAAAAUUCUAAGAAAUCUGGGAGUAUAAUUAGCAAAGUUAAUACACACCAUCAGCAGAUAGUAGCUGAUAAUCGAGCCUAUUUAAAAUGUAUUUUAGACAGUUUACUUUUUUGUGCUCGUCAAGGAAUAGCUAUCAGAGGUCAUAGAGUAGACGAAGACUCUUCAAACAAAGGAAACUUUCUAGAACUAUUAACACUUCGUGCUAAAGAUAAUGAUAUUAUUCAACGAUAUUUUAUUGAAAAAGAAAAGACAUUUCGUUAUGUCAGUGGUGAUUACACAAAUACAUUUCUUGAGUAUUUAGCUAAUAUUGUUAUUGAAAAUAUAAUUGAUAAUGUAAUAGCUGCGGGUAUUUUCAGUAUAAUAGUUGACGAAACUCAAGAUUUGUCUCGACAUGAACAAGUCGCAAUUAUUAUAAGAUACGCAACAAAAGAUUUAUCUCCAGCAGAAGUUUUUCUUGGUUUUUAUAAAACAGAAAAUACAGAUGGAGAAACACUUUCAAUGUUAAUAAAAUCAACUCUUGUAUCUCAUGGUUUAAAAAUAGAAAACUUGAGAGGGCAGUGUUACGACGGUGCAGCGUCAAUGAGAGGGUCGUAUAAAGGGGUACAAGCAAGAAUUAAAGAAGAAAAUCAUUUAGCAAUGUACAUUCACUGUAAUGCACAUAUUUUAAAUUUAUGCCUUAUAGAUUUGGCUAAACAAGUAUCUUAUGUAAGAAAUGUAUUUGGAACAUUAAAUACAUUACAUAAUUUUAUUGGUGCAUCAUCCAAGAGACAUGCGAUUUUUGAAAAAAUGUAUUCAGUUUUAAAUAUAAGUACAUGUGAAGGACCUAAAACUUUAAAAAGUCUCAGUGAUACUAGGUGGAGUUGCCGACUAGAUGCCCUCAAGGCGGUUUUAUUCAAUUUUCAAACUGUGGUUAGUACUUUAGAAGAUAUUUCGGAAAAUGAUGCUGUUUAUGGAUCUGAUGCUAAUGCAUUACUAAAUAAUGUACAGUCAAUGGCAAAAGAAACAAUACAAGAAUUAUGCAAUAUGCGGUGUGAAGAAAGUUUUAAUAACACUUGGAAUGAAGUAGACAUUUUAAGAAAACAAUAUAAUGUUUCUUCUCCUAUACUUCCCAGAAAGCAAAAAAUACCAGCUAAACUUGGCGGUGGAUUGAAGGAGGAUAAUCUUAAAGCAGAAACAAAAAUUUUAAAUAGGAUGUAUAAAGCUGUACAUAAUCAAAGUAAUGUGCAAUCAAAAAUCAAUUUCAUUGCAUCAGAAAAUUAUAAAGCUGGAUUUCCAACAUUAACAAGUUUGAUACAAUUAUUUAUUACUAUACCAACUAACUCCGCAUCAUGCGAAAGAAGUUUUUCUUGUUUACGUAGGUUAAAAACAUAUUUAAGAACCACAAUGGGACAAUCAAGAUUAAACAGUCUUGGAAUCUUGCAAAUUGAACGUGAAAGAUCAUCUCUUAUAGAUAAAGAUUUAGUAAUAGAAAAAUUCAGUGCUGCCGCAGAAUGUAGAGGCCGCCGAUUACUACUGCAGUAA